CAGCCGAGCGUGAGAACCCCAGGAGCCCAUUUGAGAUUGGGGGAGGCCUGCUUCACGCCCGGCACACCAUGGAGAAAGUCACGGCCAGAUCCGGCCAGAACAAGGCAGGGAGAUCCGCUGCAAGCAUUUUGUUCAGGUGGAAGAAAUCAGCCCCUGAGUCGCCCAAGGAAGACGUCAAACCUCCGAUCUGCAAAGCGUCGAGAAGCCACGAGAGGGAAAGUGCCCGAACCAACAGUCCUUCUAGAGUUUCGGUGUUGCUUGAGGCUUGGGAGAAAGGGCUUGUAGGAACGGACACCUCGGAGCCACCCAAGUCUUCAGACAACAGGCGCUCCCGCUCUCCAGGGCACGGCCGGCGCUUACGGUUUCCCAAAGAUGCUCCUCACUCUCUUUUCCCAUCGACUGCCAGGGGGUCUUCUUCCCCGUCCGCUUCCUCCGCAGACGUCAGGCGGUCCCUUUCUCCACCAGAUACCAGGAGAUCCUUCUCUUCAGCAGAUACCAAGCAGCCUCUUUCACCCACCGAAUGCCGGAAGCCGCUUUUCCCAACAGACACCCAGCCCUCCUUUUCUCCAGCAGUUAACAAGCGACCUUGUUUCCUAGGAGACUCAAGGAGGUCCCUUUCUCCAGCAGGUACCCGGCCCUCCUUUUCCCCGGAUGAGAGCAGGUGGUCUCGCUCUCCAGCGGAUACCAAACAGUCUUCUUCACCAGCAGGCCGUAGGAGGUCCUUUUCUCCAGCAAGUGUCCAGCAGUCCCUUUCCCCCGCAAACAGCAGGCGCUUCUGCUUCUUGACAGAUGGCCCGGGCUUGCCUUCCUCAGCAAGUGCCCAGAAUCCACUUUCUCCAGUGGAGAGUCCACACUCAUCUCCCACAGCAGAAAACCAUGGUGUGUCUUCUCCAGUGGACAGUCAAUAUUCCUCUCCUUCAACAGACACCAGGUGCUUCCCUUCUGUGGCAGAUAUAAGGCGCCUAUACUCCUCAGUGGAUUCUAGGAUCCCAUCUUCCCCAAUAAGCUCCAGGCAGGAAUUUCCCUCAGGAGAAAGCAAGUUCUUGCGUUCCCCAUCAAACACAGGGAGGUCACCUUCCCUGGCGGACACCAAAUGGCCAUUUUUACCAGCUGAAUCCACGUGCUCAUCUUCUUCAGUGGACACCAGGCGUUCAUCUUUCCGAGGAGAUCUUACCUACUCAUCCUCCUCACCAGACGCUAAAUGCUUGUCUUCCACAGAGGAUAACAAGGCCUCCUCUUCCUUGGAAGAGUCUGGAAGCUUCUCUCCCACAUCACCUGAGACCCAUUCCAAUUCUCUUAGCCCACAGAGAGAUUUUGCAGCUCACGGACCUGUGUUUGCUCAAGUGUAUUCCCCAGCUUCGAAGCCAAAGAGUCAGGGAAAGACAGAGAUGCAAGAAGGUCAUAGCACUCUCGGAUCCAUGUCCCAGAAAGAAAACUACUCCUUCGAUGCUGCUAAGACCUUUCUGGCUGCAGGACUUCAGGGAGAGAACAAUCUUCCAAGCACGGAGAUACCCCAGGAGGGAGACCAUUCUCCCGGUGACAUCAACAUGAGGGCAGAGGAAUUCCACAGGGAAAGUCCUGUGCCAAACAGUGCCACCAUCGUUCCUGAAUCUCUGAGAGAAAGUAUUUCGCACAAUGCCAACAUGCCUAGGUCCCAGACAGAAAGCUACCCCUCGAGAGCUGCCCACACUGCUUUAUCCUAUGGAGGAAACUAUAUGCCCACUGCCACCAGCUCAAGCCCUGAUGAGUCCUGUGUAUUAAGCACCAUGCCCUGCGUUGUCAGCUCCAGCACUGUAGCCAGAUCCCAGACCCAGUGGUAUGGUCCCAACGGUAGUAGCACGGUCGUCUUCCGAUCUGAACGGCAGGUCAUCGUACCGCAAGCCGGAACUGCCACCAUAUACAGAGCGGGACGUGAGGUCGUCAUGUCCAGCUCUGGAACGGGGAGCGUGAACAAACCCCAGCCAGAGAGAUCUCUCCCCUCCAGCUGUAUCACCUGCGUUCCAUCCAAAGAAAACUGGCAGUCCAAGGGGGAUCUCCCAGAGAUCACGUCCCCCAAAGGAUUCCUCUCUUCCCUCUCAGAGGCUCACGGUUACUCCCAGAAGUUGCAGCCAGAAAGUUUCAUGACUCAGACCAGAAGUGCCGAGGCAAAGGAUGCCCAAAGGCAAAGGUGUACACUUGAGCCCAAGCCUGCGUUUGCGUCAAACGGAGAUGCUACCACAGUCAGUGAGGGAGUUGCUCCUUUCAGGAUCCCCGAGAGAGACUGCAGCCUCCUUGAUGAAACUGCCUUCGAGAGGCACAGCAGCCUGUUCCCAGCAAGCCGAUCUGAAAGGAACCAAAGCAUGCCUCUCCCAGGAGGCCCUGUUGCCAAUGGACCAGAACAGGACAACAGCGUGUCAAGGGUUGAGAAAGCCAGUACCUGGGGUUGCCAGGGAAUUUGGUGCUCACCAGAUAAUGCUGAAGAUCCCGGGAUCUGUAGGAUGUCCACUGGAUCACAGGAAAUGGCUCCAAGCAAAGAGGAAGACGCCUGCCAGAGUGAGCUAAGAGAUGAACAACGAGGUCCAAGAACGGACUCCUCAGUAUUUGCUACAGAAUCCAACAUUCCCCUUGAUCACAUGAUAGACUCUUCCCAGGAAUCUGUGAGCCAGAAAACAGAAAGUAGGGACAGGAGAGAUGAACCGGAACCCGAGGAAGCAGCAGACAUGGUCCUUUUCGUGGAUACUCUUCGCAACAUGGAGCCCGCUGACCUCCGAAAGCCCUUGAAACUCCUCCCCAGACCUCCACGCCCCUCAGCGCUGGCAAAGCACACACCCCUCCCGCCCAUCCAUGAGGACCACGUCGCCCCCAAGUCUCAGAUUUCCCUCCCAGCAUCUCUAGGUGAGCUGUUCACGCUGACCGAGGAGAGGCACCUAGAGGAAGUGCCCAAGAAGGAAGACGAAGCGGUUGCUGAAGAAGACUUGGAGGAGAUCGAGAAUCCGUACCCCAGUAAGGAGGACACACAGGAGGAUAAAAACCAGGCUGGGAAAACUUACCCUUGGGAAAACAACACCUUCAAGACCGAGGAGGAGUUUGGGUCCUUCCUGGGGAAGCUGCAAAAAAGCUUUGAGGACCCAGAACCCAGAGGCAUUGCUCCAAAAGCAAUAGCUAACCAAACCAACAUGAUCAGAGCCAACAUUCUUAAAGGCAUGUCUAUUUUGUCUAGCUUCUCAGAACGGAAGGCGGUGGAGGAGAAUAAGCCUUAUUCCCGCCUGGACAACAGCCUCUUGUACAGCAGGUUCAUUUCCCCGGAGAAGGCUCAACUCAAAGAUCCAGCAAAAGGGAAAGAAGCAAGAUCCUCCCUGAUUCCCUUGAACCCAGCUGGAGUGAAAAUUAAGAGGGAAGGGCAGGCAUCUCCAAAUGGCCCUUGGCUUGAAGGCACAUACGGACGUCUGAGCUGUGAGUCGUUGCCAUCAGGGCGACCCGAUCCUUCUUCCAGGCUGCCAGGGGCCAGCAGAAACUCCAAAGGGAUGACUGCUCUGGUCAAGGAGGCCAAGACAGCAUCAAGGUCAGAAGUUCAGUUCCGGGAAGAAAAUAAGAUUUUGAAGAAGGUUAACGUGAGGCCUGGAAAGAUCAUUUUGUACUCUGAGUCGGGCUUUGGAGGUCAGAAGAGAGACAUCUGGGGCGAUGUCACCGAUGCCACAUCGUGGCUUCUCUCCCAUACCAUUUCCAUCCAAGUGGUCCGAGGAGGAUGGGUGAUGUAUGAGAAGCCCCGGUUCCAUGGGCGGAAGUGUGUGCUUGCCGAAGGCGAUGUGGAGAUCAGCAAUCCUUGGAGGAUAUACGAUAAAGAAGGGGAAGGAGCUGAGAAUGCACCGUUCUGCAUUGGUUCGCUUAGAAGAGUUGUGUGUGACUACAGGAUCCCUGAGAUCAGUUUGUUCUCCGAGGAGAACGGAGAAGGCACAAAGCAGAAGUUCACAGAUUCCUCAGAGGACACGCAGAUCCACGGCCAGCCCUUGAAGGCAGCUUCCAUCAUUGUACACUCCGGCCUGUGGCUUCUUUACUCAAAACCAUUCUUUGAUGAUGACCCUUACGUGUUGGAACCAGGAGGGUAUCCCAACCGGCAUGCCUGGGGAGCAAAGGACCCCUCCAUCUGCUCCAUGCAUCCAAUUAAGCUGGGCAGUCCUGUUGUCGAAAAUCCUGGCGAACCCAAGGCCCUAAUUUAUGAAAGGCCACAUUUCCAGGGCUGUAGCUGGGAAGUGAGUCGAGAUAUUUAUGACUUGAAGAAGCCAGAAAACAACCAGCACUCCAAGAUGCUGAGGGCAGGCUCUCUGAGAAUCAUGGGUGGCUGCUGGGUGGGUUAUGAAAAGGAAGGUUUCCGUGGCCACCAGUACCUGCUGGAGGAAGGAGAAUACUACGACUGGACCCAAUGGGGAGGCUAUGAUGAAGAGCUAGUGUCACUUCGGCUGAUCCGAACGGAUUUCUUGGAUCCAGCCCUUGUGCUGUUCGAGGCAAUGGACUUUGAAGACGGCCCCAGCAUUGAGCUCAGCGAAGCAUUGCCAGAUGUUGAGCUUGCCAGUUAUGGGACAACCACACAGUCCAUCCAUGUCCUGAGUGGCGUGUGGGUGGCUUACGAAGGCAGGAAUUUCACGGGGGAACAAUAUAUCCUGGAGAAAGGCGUGUACCGCAACUGCGAAGAUUGGGGAGCCAGCGACUGCCAGAUCUCCUCCGUGCAACCUAUCCUACAGGUUGGGGAACACAGUCUACACUUCGUUUCUAAGAUCCAGCUUUUCUCGGAUCCAGACUUCCUGGGGCACCAGGUCUCUUUUGAGGAAGACCAAGAAUCCCUUCCAGAGUAUUUCAUCCCACGCUCCUGCAGGGUCAAUGGAGGCAGUUGGAUUCUCUAUGACGGCCAGCAGUUUGAAGGGGAACAACACGUCCUCUCCGAAGGCGAGUAUCCAACGUUGACGUCCAUGGGUUGCCUCUUCACCACAGCCAUCUGCUCGCUGAAGAAGGUCCCCAUAUUCUUCUCCGAGCCCUCCAUCUUCCUGCACGGACUGGAGUGCUUCGAAGGGAAGGAGAUAGAGCUGAACGGGGAGGUGCGCAGCCUGCAGGCCGAGGGGUUCAACAACCACGUGCUCUCGGUACGGGUGAAGGGAGGAAUUUGGGUGCUGUGUGAACACAGUGACUUCCGAGGCCGCCAGUGGCUGUUGGAAUGCAUGGAGAUCACCAACUGGUUGACAUACAGCGGGCUUCAGCAUAUUGGCUCCCUUUACCCCAUCAGGCAGAAACGGAUCUACUUCCGGAUAAAGAAUGUAGAGCUGAAGUCCUUCCUCUCUGUCCCAGAUGAUGUUGAAGACAUGAAAGCUGGCCGUGUUCUGGUCUCUGAGCCCAGUGACAAGAGCAGCUCCAUCUGGUACUAUGAAGAAGGGCUUCUGAAGAAUCAGGUUGCGCCCUACAUGAGCCUGCAGGUGAUCGGCCCGGCGGGGAAGGGCUGCAAGGUGGUGCUGUGGUCCGAGAGCCGAGUGCCCCGUCAGACGUGGCGCAUGGAUUCCUUUGGCAGGAUCUGCAGUCAGAUGUUUGAAGACAGGAUCCUGGAUGUGAAAGGUGGCACGUCUUACGACCGAGAUCAUGCCAUCCUCUGGGAGUCAUCUGAAGAAAGACCCACGCAGAUCUGGGAUUUCCAGGUGCUCUGAAAGAAGGCACAGACUGGAGGGCAUGACAUGGACGGAUCCAGAAUUCACUUUGGAAGUUGUUGACGUUCACCCUUUCCAGAUCAUUCAGCGGUUUUGAGGUGCUGAAAAGAUGUAUCCUUCUGGCUUGGCAUCUGGGCAGCAGGUCCUCUUUUGCCUACUGCUUUUAUUGACUCAUGGAAAAGGCAGACAUUUUCUGUCCAGGUGAAAGACUCCUGGUUCUUCUUGUGAUGGGGAAGAAAGCCACAAUGGAUCCCUUUUUCUGAUGCUCACAGUUAAGUCCAACAAUCACAAAUGACUGAGAAUGCUGUAGCGUUUUAAAAGGUGAUGGACAAAGAGAAGAUGAAACACACACACCCCAUACACGCAGAAGGAGUCAAGAUCCUGAGGCUUGCUGGUGUCCUUAUGCACACAAACACAAAUAUCCUUGCCCCAGUCUCUCUUUUUUCAAAGGGAAUAGGCUAUGCUGAAAACUUUGUGUAUGCACUUCUGUAUGAUAGGAUGCCUUUUAUAAAUCCCAUCUCUGGCUGGUUUGUUGGGUUCUCUUCUUUGCCACGGGGACAUGCUCCUGGGCGGCUGCUGUGUUCGAUAAGGUGUCGUCUUUCCUUUCCUCCAAGUAGCUCAAGGCAACAGACGUGUUCCUUCUCGCUCUUUUUAUCCUCCUAGCAGCCUUGCGAGGUAGGCCAGGCUACGAGAAAGGGAUUGCUGCGAAAGUCAUCCCAUGAGCUUCACAGACAAGAGGGAGAUUUGAAUAUGGUUCUUCCCAGUCCGGCACUCUAGUGUUUACACACACACACACACACGAUGGCCAAAGGGUGCCCCUAAAACCAAAUAGCCAUAAAAUGUAUGGGUUUGCCCACAAGGAUUGUGAUGGAAAAUAGGGAUUUCAUUCAUUUUUCUGCCAUAAAUUUACCAGCAUCCACAUGUUCCAGGAUGAACAGGAUGGAAAUAAUGGGAGAUUUGGAUGAUGGGGGGGGGAGUCAAACGUGGGGGGAAAAGCAAAACUGACAGAUUUCUCUUAUCUGUCACUGAUCCAGGAACUGCCAGAUAGCUGCUAGAUAGCUCAGUGGUUUAGGCCUCUGGCUGUGGAGCAAGAGGUUGGGAGUUUGAUUAUACUCCACUUCCAACUGGCACUGUAUUUGUGAUCAGCCCAUAGUGGCUUCAAACUUCUCUGUACCACUGAGGGAUGCAAGGGUGGAGGGUAAGGGGCCAAGUGGAAAGUAGCUCUGCCUGCACAGGAUCAUUGCCUCCAUGAGGUCUGCGCCAUAUUGGUUCUACUUCUUGGGCUACCAUCAGUGGAGGCUCUGAUUUUUAAUUAGCAUCAUCGCCCUCGAAAGCAUCUCCAGCAGCACAGCUGGAAAAAAAAACAGUGUUUGCCUGCAUAAACUGGAGGACAGACUUCCUGGAACUCUGACAUGCGCGUGCAAGAGAAGAUUUCAGCAGGGGUAGCUUGCCUGAGAAGAAGCUAGACUGCAGAUGUUUCUUCUAUGCAAGGAUCAAAGGCAGAGUGAGGGGAAGCGAUUACCUUAGAGCCAUGUUGGGUCUGCAUCUGUCAUCGUAGAACUGAACUUGGGAGAAAAAUAGCAUAUUUUUUUAAAUUUUCAGCUAUGAGUGAGGCCAGGAAGUUCUGGUAUACAUGUACAGGAGUCUGCUUUUCCAGUGUGCAUGUUGUGAAAUAAACACAAAGUUUCUCUCUCUCUUUCUCCUUCUUUAAUGUGGCACCCAAAGGAACCGGGCUGUAAAUCCAAUUUAAGGGUGGGUGGGAAUAUUAUUUCGGUUUGCUUUUGGUAAGAAUGCAUCCAGAACUUGCACAUUUGGACACCUUCAAGGUGGGAAGAAUUAGAGAGUAUUUUUUUAAAAGGGGAAAAGAACAGCAGAACCUGGCAUAGGUUCGUCCCUCCAAGACAAGGGCUUUGGAGUACUUAACAGUCUGGGGUUCCAUCCUGUAUAGCUUCUUCUGCAGUGAAUUAAGGAUGCAGGUCACUUUCUCAGAUGUUUCUUAAGGUGGUCACAUGAAAAAGAAGACAUAGGCUCACUUAUCUUUAACAGCCAUGCAGAAGAGGAAUUUCUUGAAAGUUUAGGUUGUCCUGCAGUCCACAUUCAUUGAAAUCCCUUUCCCCCCACAUCUAUUAAAAGGGCAGAAAUCCUCUCUACUUUAUCAUCUGCUGCCCUUGAUCUUACCGUUACCACUUAUAUAACAUGCAAAUGCAACAAUGAAAAACC